AGAAUAGACUUGUUGCUACUUAAUAAACAAUAAUUACAAAGUAUACAGAUGAUAAUACCUAAGUUCUACUAAGUAACUUGAUAGACAGUUCACCUGACUCAUACUAUAAAGAAACUGCCAACCUGCAGUGAAACAGUAUAGUGGAGUAUGCUUCAUACCCCACCGGUUCAUCGAGGAGCAGCCAGCACCCGUUUCCGGCCCCUCUCCCUGGACACUCCGAAGCCCCUGUUCCCCAUAGCAGGCAAGCCUCUCAUCCAGCACCACAUCGCAGCCUGUGCCAAGUUGACGGAGUGCCGGGAGAUCCUGAUCAUCGGCUCCUAUCCGACCACGCACAUGGCUCAGUUUGUUAGUGACAUGCAGAAAGAAUACCACGUCAUUAUUCGGUACCUGCAAGAGUUCACGCCCCUGGGCACGGGGGGUGGGCUGUACCACUUCAGAGACCAGGUCCGCGCCGGGAACCCCACAGCGUUCUUCCUGCUCAAUGGAGACGUGUGCGCAGACUUCCCUCUCAAAGAGCUCUGGACUUUCCACGAGGAGAGGCCUACUGCUUUGGUAACAAUAAUGGGUACCGAAGCGACCCGCCAGCAGUCUGUGCACUAUGGGUGCAUGGUUCGGGACACCACCUCAGCGGUGACACACUACGUGGAGAAGCCAGGCAGCUAUGUGUCGACGUUGAUCAACUGCGGGGUGUAUGUGUGCUCGCCAGCAGUCUUCAACACUAUGGCCGACGCCGCACAGAAGAAGCAGGACUCCUUCUACAGUGGCAACGGACAGAACAGCGCGCACCCGGGGUACCUGUCCUGGGAGCAAGAUGUAUUGUCGCCGCUCGCCGGGACCAACAAACUGUAUGCUUUACAGGUAACGAACUGGUGGUCUCAAGUGAAGACGGCGGGCUCGGCGAUCUACGCUAACAGACACUACCUGGAGCUGACGCGGCCGCCGCCACCCGCCAGCUGCCACGUGCUUCCCGACGUGUUCCUGCACCCCACCGCCACUGUAGACCCCACCGCUGUGAUCGGGCCAAACGUGUCGAUCGGCGCAGGAGUGUCGAUAAAGGCUGGCGUCCGGAUAAAGGAGUCAAUUGUUCUCAACAACGCCACCAUCAACGACCAUGCUUUAGUCAUGUACUCUGUUGUGGGUCAGGACGCGUGCGUGGGCGAGUGGGCGCGCGUCGAAGGCACACCCUCCGACCCUGACCCGAACAAGCCCUUCGCUAAGAUGGACAACCAACCGCUCUUCAACACCGACGGACGGCUCAACCCCUCCAUCACCAUACUUGGCGCCGGAGUGAUAGUGCCCGCUGAGACGAUCCUCCUCAACUCCAUAGUUCUACCGCACAAACACCUCACUAGAAGCUUCAAGCACGAAAUCAUAUUAUAGCUAGCAUAUAACCAUUACGAUUGCUAAUGGACUGCACUAUUUACAAAGACCAAAUUAUAUUUUAAAAAUUUUAUAUAAUUACUUAUGUGUAAUCUUAAUAUUUAAGCAAAAUUUUCUUUUCCUAAGAACUAAAGCUCGUUUUAAAGUUGGUAUGCAGGGUGUUAGUGACAUCGUAACGAAAACUUUUAAUGAUUUUUCUUUAAAACCCUGCGAAUGUCGCCAUGCAAGUUAAAGAAACUACCUGGUAAUUUAUUAUAUCUAAAGAAUGAAGCGACGAAAUAUAAUUACAAUUGCAUUUGACUGACAUUUUAUGUUACAAAAUAAUUACCGAAUACAUAAGUCUAAGUCUACAAAAUAUAUUCGACAAAAACAGGGCUAUGUAAUUUUGUCUAACGUAAGCUGCUUUUUUUCCCUAAAAAAGUACCAUGGAAAAUGCUGCACCGACAAGAGCGUGGCUCUUAAAUUGAUGAUGAUGAAGCUGCUUUUUGAAUGCCAAAAGAAUGGAAAAACUGUAGAUGGCGCUGUACAGUUUUGUCUUCAUUUAGCCUUCUAACAUUUGAUAACAGAUAUUUGCGUCUUUUCUCUUUGUAUUUGGGUAUAAACGAUGACUUUUAUUACGCCCAAGCACAAUUACAUCUUCCACCCAUUAUUAUUCUGAUCAAAAUAAAUAUCAAGCAACAGUUAUUCUUAUACAAGUCUCUGCCGAUACAUUAUAUUUUUGUAUAAUCAUGUAUCCCGAAUAAUUAUCGCUAUCUGAACAGCGCCAUCUAUAUUAUUUUUGGGAAACGUAGCUUGGAAAGUCCGUCAUUGGUUAUCUCUGAACCUAUAUUUAUAAAGUUUUCUUUGCAGUUUCGAAUUGAAUUUAACUCCAAUAAGAUUGUACUUAUCGUAAACUUAAUUUCAUACAUUUAUAAAUAUGUGAGUUAAAAUGACCAGUAAUUUAACUUCAAUAAGAUUGUACUUAUCGUAAACUUAAUUUCAUACAUUUAUAAAUAUGUGAGUUAAAAUUACCAGUCCCAUUGUCAUUUCAUCUAUAUUAAUUCGUAUCCAAAGUGUAUUUUUUUUUUUUGUAUUCUUAAUUAUCUGUAUAUAGGCCUUAAAUUAUCUGGUGCUGAGAAU